AUGAAGCGCUGCUGGGCGCUCCUCCUGUCUCUCUGCUGCUACCUGCGGCUGGCCGGCGCCGAGGGGGACCCCAUUCCUGAGGAACUCUACGAGAUGCUGAGCGACCACUCCAUCCGCUCCUUCGAUGACCUCCAGCGGCUGCUGCACGGAGACUCCGUAGAUGAGGACGGAGCCGACCUGGACCGGAAUCUGACCCGGUCCCACUCUGGAGGCGAGCCGGAGAGCCUGGCCCGAGGGAGAAGGAGCCUUGACUCUUCCACGGCCGCCGAGCCAGCCGUGAUCGCCGAGUGCAAGGUCCGCACAGAGGUGUUCAAGAUCUCCCGCAGCCUCAUCGACCGCAGCAACGCCAACUACCUGGUGUGGCCGCCCUGCGUGGAGGUGCAGCGCUGCUCAGGCUGCUGCAACAACCACCGCGUGCAGUGCCGGCCCACCCAGGUGCAGCUGCGGCACGUCCAGGUGAGGAAGAUCGAGAUGGUGCAGAAGAGGCUGAUCUUCAACAAGGCCACGGUGACGCUGGAGGACCACCUGGCCUGCAGGUGCGAGACGGUGGUUCCUGCACGGCCCGCGGCCCGCACCGCGGGGAGCUCCCAGGAGCAGCGAGCCAAGGCGCCCCAAACUCGGGUGACAGUUCGAACAGUGCGAGUCCGCAGGCCCCCCAAGGGGAAGCACAGGAAGUUCAAGCACACGCACGACAAGAGGGUGCUGAAGGAGACCCUGGGCGCCUAG